CUCCUCGCAGCGGCGGGGCCGAGGCGGCGCCGCGCUUCCGGCCGGUGGGGGCUUCCGCUGCCGGCGGCUGAGGCGAUGGCGGCGGGAGGCAGCGACCCGCGGACGGCGGACGUGGAGGAGGACGCCUCGCAGCUCGUCUUCCCCAAAGAAUUUGAAACUGCAGAAACUCUUCUAAAUUCAGAGGUACAUAUGCUUCUCGAGCAUCGUAAGCAACAGAACGAGAGCGCAGAAGAUGAGCAGGAGCUUUCGGAAGUCUUCAUGAAAACCUUGAACUACACAGCGCGCUUCAGCCGCUUCAAAAACCGGGAAACCAUUGCCAGCGUCCGGAGUUUGCUACUCCAGAAAAAGCUCCAUAAAUUUGAGCUGGCGUGUUUGGCGAACUUGUGUCCCGAGACAGCUGAGGAAGCCAAAGCCUUGAUUCCUAGCCUGGAGGGCCGAUUUGAAGAUGAGGAAUUACAGCAGAUUCUUGACGACAUUCAGACGAAACGCAGCUUCCAGUACUAACCCUCAACUUCCUUUAUUCUGACCAGAAAAACCUGGGGACUGUGACCGUUUCUCAGCCCUCUGGGCCACUCCAGCUCCUGGCUUUGGCUGGGGGAGCUGUAGGUACAAGGUACCCCAGUGCUGUGUCACCCACGGGUGGGUUCAGGCUGGAGAGCAGUGUGGUCCUUCUUGUUUCUUCCACGUGUAUGGUGGUAAGGACACCUGUGUUGUCAGAGCUGAAGAACCCAAAAAGCCUUUUCCCAGUGGAUCAAGUAUUUGUUUCUUCCAAAUCCCUCUCCCUGGUUUGGGAAUUUUCAAUGUGUUUCUGUUGUGACUUCUUUUUUUUGUUGGUUUUUUUUUGGGGGGGGGGGAAAUUCUAAAGGAGAUGGAGAAACUUGUUCUUGACUCUUGGAAAGUUUAGUCAUGGGUGGCAUACAUUUGUGGUGGUUUUCUUGCUUUUUUUUUAUUGCGUGACGAGGACAGCAGAUUUUUACACCUUCAAUAAUUUUCUAGUCUUGUUUAGUGUAAAUAAAAAUAUUUCUAAUUAAAGCUGUGUGUUUUAUAAA